UUUGGAUUUAAAAAAUUCAUUGUACAUGUACGUGAUAACUGGGGCUCAAAUAAUAUAAAUCAAAUACAUUUUUGUACUGCAUACAGGUUUCCCAAGGACAAAGAGCUGUGCUGCAAAUGGACUGUAGCACUGCGAAGGCAGUCAUUCAGGUCAACACCUGGUGUUACUGUUGUAUGCAGUGUGCACUUUAUGGAGACUGACUUUGACAGGUCAGGGCAAACAGUGCGCCUCAGGCAUAAUGCUGUGCCAAGCAUCUUUCCAGGCUUCCCAAACCAUCUGAAAAAGGUCAGCAUUUCUUUUCAGUCUGAAACUUUCGAACCCAAACCCCCAAGAAAACCACCAGCAGCAAGAUUACCCCUAGCUGCCCGCAAUUCAACACAGAAUUGUAAUGCUACAACCAACCAAAGAUCUUCUGCAGUCGCACCUUGCACAGCAAGUGAUCAUCCGUAUGCCCUAACGUCCAGUCCAAUGACACUCAAAAGGAAGAUUGACCAUCUGCAGUCAGCUUUGGAGUCUUGCCAUAAAAAACUAAAAUGCAGCCAACAACAGAGCCGACGCCUGAGGAAAAAGGUUGAAUCACUGACAUCAGUUGUUGCGGAGUUGAAGGACAAAGGGAUGGUGUCUGAAAACUGUGGGCAAAUUCUUGAUGCUACAUUGUCUGGGGUACCAAAAGCUGUCAUGAGUUGACAGUUGAAGUAUCAUUGCACUGGUAAACAUACCCGAGAGGAGUACAACCCCAUGCUGAAAUCAUUUGCUCUGACCCUG